UUCCGUGUCAAAGUCCUAGCCUAUUUAUUCUCGUUGUUAAUAUUAACAGACUAUGUGAAUCUAAUCGCCUGCUAAUAAUCAGUAGGGUCAAUCGAGCUAUACGUUUUGCAGUUAAAAUUUACCAGUUGGAAAGAUAAACCGCAAUCGGGGAGGAUUGAAAACAUGAAUAUAAGGCGGAAAUUGCUUCUAUGGUGCUGAAUUGUACUGUCGUAAAGUCGAAACGGAAUGCGGCAAUGUGGCGCACGUUUGGAAGUGGGACGUUCUUGUAUAUCUCGAUGAGUGGGACAGAAGUGCUUCGGAAUUGGAAAUUGAGAAAUAUGACGGGCAAAAAAUAAAGAAACAUAUCAAAUGUUGAUCCCGGGGGAGGGGGGAGUUAGUAAAGGUGUUGCAGGUUACAUUAACACUACGACAACUAGCUAACGGUUAGAUUGGUGGUUGCGAUGUUGCUGGCAGUUUGCAAAAACAACUUGAUAACUUGUGCGAAAGGGCACGUACUCUCUUUUACAAAGAGUUCUACCGCGUCUACAGCAGUUGCUCCGUGUUCAAAUGUUUGGAAAGAAGCUGCAACAUCCUGGGGGCAGAAAACAUCAGCGAGGUUUUUGCUAACAGAGAAGAAAUGGUUUCAGAGAUUAAAAACAUCGUUCUGUUCUUUGGGACAGUGGCCCAGUUUAAUGCACUUUCCUGCUGACAAACUACGUGGUCGCAGAUCAACUAUUAAUACUUGGAUUAUUGAUGGAUUUGGGAAGUGCCGUUCUACACCCGUAGUGUCCACACUUGUACAGUCAGCACAACCUGGGAGUGUCUGUCAAACUCAGGAAAGGAAAACCCAUUGCAAUAGCAUACACGUAAGUGCAGUCCUUAGGUCAAGGAGAAGAACCCUAAACCAUGCACCGCUUUCGCUGGAUUUGAGACAUGUGUUGCAUGUCUGUGAAGCACCUCUGAAUCCAGCUGUGCUUCAACAAGAACGCAGAGGCUAUAGUAACCUUUCCCCUGAAAAGCCCUCGUCUGACGGAGAGGUCGAUUCUAAGCAGGACUCAGCAAGGGAAAAUGGCACACCCACGCAAGGAAACUCCCCACCAGCUGCUAAUGAAGGAUUGUUUCAUUUUAAAGAGUUGUAUGAGAAUCCGUGGACAAUUCCAAAUUUCCUGUGUAUAGCCAGGAUCGCGCUCUCACCGUUUCUUGGGUACUUGAUCGUGGAACAGUAUUUUCACAUCUCUUUGGGCCUUUUUGCUCUCGCUGGAGCAACUGAUUUGCUGGAUGGUUAUAUCGCACGCAACUGGCCCAAUCAAAAGUCUGCAUUAGGCAGUGCUCUCGAUCCAUUGGCUGACAAAAUCCUCAUCAGUGUGCUGUACAUCAGUCUGACCUAUGCCCAUCUCAUCCCAGCACCGCUCACAGCGUUGGUUAUUUCCCGUGAUGUGGCUCUGAUUGCGGCAGUCUUCUACGUUCGCUACAAAACGGUCCCACCUCCCAUAACUCUCAGCAAAUUCUUCAACCCUUGCUAUGCCACAGCCCAACUGAAGCCUACACUAAUCAGCAAGGUGAACACGGCGAUUCAGCUGGUCCUGGUGGCAGCCUCAUUGGCCGCUCCUGUGUUCCACUACACAGACAGCGUGUUCCUCCAGGCACUCUGGUUUAUCACGGCGGUGACGACCACGGCUUCAGGUUAUAGCUACUACCAUUAUGGAAAAAAGACUGUUGAAGUUUUGAACAACACAAAGUGACAUUGCCAUGGAAAUGGCAGCAACUCUGGGGGGGUACAGCAGAGGGCAGCCGACUUUGGAUAAUCAAGUUGUGUAAAUACUCCAAACAGAUUUGGAAUUUAAUUCCGUCAUUGAAUAUCUGAAUGUCCUUUUUCAGUGUAAAUGGAAUUGAUACAUUAGGGAAUGUGGAUUUUAAGGGUAUUUUCAUAAUCUUAGACACGAUGCUUCUCUGAACUGGUCAAGGCAGAACAUUACCGACUGUAAAACAAUUUUAUAUCACAGUGAAUCAAAUGUAAACAAACAACUGAUGUGAAUAAUAAAAAAAAAUGUGGAAAAUUAUUUUAUUUUUUCUUCAUACAAUACAGCAAAACACAGACUUUACCUCUGACAGAGGUAAUAUACUGUGCAUUUUCUUUGACUGAGAUAACAAUGAGCACAUCAACAUGUUUUUUUUUAUUUUGUCAUUUUGGGAUCAGAAUGUUCUGGACAUUAACAAUGCUUUUUAACUUUAUUGCAUAUUUAAAUAAAAUGUAAAAUUAA